AUGCUUCUUUCCAAGACAGAGGCAUCCUAUCUAUCUGAAUCUAUCAAACCUGCCACUGAAAGUGCUCACCCUCUACGUGCCGAUGGACGUCCGCUACUCUCCUUUAGACCCAUCAACAUUAUCACCAAUGUUUCUGCCCAAGCCAAUGGAAGUGCUAGAUGUCAACUUUCGACAUCAUCAAGCAGAAUAUUAACUGAUGUCAUGGUAGGAUGGGCCAAGGUGGAAUGUACAGUCGAUUGUCCACCUGCUACUCUCAACACUUUAGCUUCAGAUCCAUCACCAAUGUAUACGAUUUAUUUGAAUUCGAUCUUUUCACCUUUAGGCUCUUCCAAGCAACUCAAAAUCUCUUCAACUCAAACAUGGGCUCUUUAUAUCGACGUGAUUGUGCUUUCGGCUUCAGCAGGAAAUCUGAUGGAUGUAAUGUGUUUGGCCGUUCGAGCUGCCCUAAGCGAUCUCAAGAUACCAAAAACUAAAGAACUCGGCUAUCAGAUUCAGAAACCUGCCCGGCCGACUAUUGAUGGAAUGGAGGUAGAUAUAUCAGCUGAUAAAAGUGAAGGAAUGGAUGAUGUUGGAAUCAAGAGCUUUUUGAAAAGUCGGAAACCAUUGGUUGCUGGUACACAUGGGCCUGGUGGUGGCAAAGCAAUUAACUUUGAACUGCAAGAUACCGAUGGAAAUCUUGGUGACCGAUUGAUCAAUAAAGACGAUAUACCCGUGGUGAUUACUGUCAAUGUGGUAUGUCUUCAAUACUCGUACGGCUAA